CAUGAACCUGUUGUGGGACGAUGCUAAUUAGGGGCUCGUUUUUAGAGCAUCAUUUUAUUUUUUAAACAUUAAACAAUGCACGCUAACAAUCUGAUUCAAGAAGCAAUUUUAACAGCAACCGCGAUUUUAUUCUUUUCUAUUUUGCCGGUAUACGGUCAGUGGGACCCAAAAAAAGACGACCCACAAUGGGACAAACCUCGCAUCAAACGAACAGUUGGAGCUGAUCAAAAAUUUCCCCCUUGGGACGCACCUUUAUGUCCCCCUCACACUGCUGGGUACUGCCUGUUACCUCCCUACUAUCCGUACGAUGUUAUCAAGAGAUCGGUAAAAAACAUUGGGAUGGUCUUGGGGAGGAGUCUCGCUUACAUGCCGUAUCGAUACAUCAAUUUGUUCUUGGGGGUGCCUUAUGCCAAGCCUCCUGUCUAUGAACGACGGUUCAUGCCGCCUCAAGAUGUAGGACCGAAUUGGGAUUACGGUGAUCCGGAUUGGGAUGCAUCUUAUUACAGGGAUGCCUGCCCCCAGGAACUUUUCAGAUAUCAGGAACGUUACUACACCAAGCGAAACAUGAGUGAAGACUGCCUUCAUUUGAACAUUUUUGCUCCGAAUCUGACAGACAGACCGAGAAACAAAAACCAGAAUUAUCCCAUUAUGGUGUUGGUGGUGGGUGAUGACUACAAAGAUGGCGAUUCCAUGCUCUAUCCGGCGCACCUCAUUGCCAGGAAGGAGAUUUUAGUCAUAACAUUCAACUACAGACUCGGAGCUCUAGGUUUCAUGACGACCCUGGACAGCAACUCGCCAGGAAAUUAUGGGCUGAUGGACACGUUGAAGGUCUUGAAGUGGAUUCAAAUGUACAUCACUGAGUUCGGAGGUGAUCCCAAUAAGGUCACAUUAGUUGGACAUGGUUCAGGGGCGGCAAUGGUCGGCAUUCUCAUGCUCUCUCCUCAAUCUUACUACAAAGGCAAGCCGCUUUUUCAUCAGGCUGUGUUGAUGAGUGGUUCUGAUCUGUGUGAUUGGGCCACCAUUGGAACUAUAUGGAACGCCAACGCAGUAACGUACACCAGAGACUUCGGGAGGUUGGUUGGUUGCGGGUUCGAUUACGAUCAAGAUUUGGCUUUUCUCGUUCGAUGUUUGAGGGGGAAACAUUACGAGGAGGUUGUAAACGCCACUGCUUCUGUACAAAAAAGGUACGGCUCGUUGGCUGGCCCCUUCGGUCCCGUGGUAGAUGGAUUCAUAUUGACGGACACCCCUGCCAACUUGAGAGCAAGUGGUAAGUACAUGAAGAUCAAAGUUAUUGCCGGAAUAACGUUGGAUGCUGGUUCUUAUAUUGUCGAGAAUCUGGUAAAAAACAUUCCGACCAUAGAAAUAGAGA